AUGAUAGAGUCCAUCGAAUAUUUAUACAAUUUUAUUUCAAAAAAUUAUUUUAAAUUUAAAUUUUAUUUUUCACCAAAAUUUAAAUUUUGUAAAAAAUUAAAGAAAAUAUUAGAAUGGAAAAAAGUAAAUAUUGAAGAAUAUCCCAUUAGAGGAAUUUCAAAUUUAAUAUUUGAUAAUGAAAAUGGACCAUAUGAUAAUAAGAUAGCACUUGUAGUUUGGAAUAUAAAUGAAAUGAUUCGAAGAAUUAAAAUCAAUCAUCCAAUUUUAGGAACUGUUGAAUUGAUAAAACAAACCAUUACCAAUUUAAUAAUAAACAAUGGUGGAAAUUAUUAUGACAGAUCAGAGAAUUCAAUCUUCUUUUUUCAAAACUAUCAUCAAAUGGUAAUUUGCUUUACAAAUAUUUACCUAACUAGACCAUGGUUAAGAAAAGAAGUAAACUAUAAUGAUUUGGCAAACCUAUAUUUCAUCUCUAAAGGAAUUGAUAAAAAUAAUUUAAAUGAACCAAUUGUUGAUUUCCAUCCAAUUCCAUUCUCUUGUUUAUUAAUUAAUGAUAAUAAUAAUGUUAAUAAUAAUAAUAAUAAUAAUAACACUAAUAAUAAUGAUAACAACACUAUUAAUAGUGAUGAUAACAACUUUACCAAUAAUGAUAAUAAUAAAGAAAUUGAAAAUGAUUAA